AUGUCAAGCUCGGGCCGGACGCGCCGCUGGCUGCUGGCAUGGGGUGGCCUCGGGGCUGGGGGGCUGGCAUUCUUCCAUGUGCCAAGGGGCCACGUGGCACUUCGAGCGAGAAAGCAUCACGACGAUGCCCCUGUUCUUCAGCAUUUCAUUGCGGACUCUCCGCUUCUGCGAGGAACCAAAGUUGGGGGAGAUGAUGCACCGACUGUCUUCUUGGUAGCCCCGCCCUCGCAGCAGUUGACGAAUUACGUCUUGGAAGACCCCAGCGGCCCCUUUGCCGGGAAGUUCAAGUGGCCGGACAGGCUCUUCGAUGAUGUGGACGGCAAGAACGAGCCUGAUGUGGCAGACCAUGCCCCGGGAUCGUGGAAGAAGUGGAGCUUUCAGUUCUCCAAGCGGGAGCCCUUCAUGCUAAAGGCAGACUGGCACAGCGUGUGCGGGUGGGGCAAGAAGUUUGACAUCUUCGUGCCGCGGAAGAAUGCAGUUGUGCCAGUGCCGCAGGCGCCACCGCGUGUGCUGGCAUUGAUUGAAGCCUUCCGCAAAGUGAACGAAGCUUGCUGGCAAGAGAUCACAUCCGGUCUGCGGGAGCUAAAGGAGCAGAAGCCCGACGACAUACUCAGGUGCCGCCUGUUGAAGAUGCUCUUAGAGGAGUUCGAGGAGCGCGGCUUCUUUGGCGCCAUUGAAGCGCAGGCGGGCCCGGCCCGGAGGAAGGAGAUGCACUGGCACCGCGAUGGCGCGACGGGCCUGCUUCACCUGGGGAUCACCUUGAGUGGGCGACGUCGGCUGCAGCUGCGUGCCCGGAGCGAAGAUGAUUCCUGGACCCAAGAGCUCUGGAUGGAUGCAGGUCACGUGUACUUGUCCUCGCCCUUCCUCUUUGAGCACAGCAUCACUUAUGGUGCGGAAAGCAGUGGCCCGACGCUGGCGUUGAUGUGCCGCUUUGGUUUCCUGGAUGAGGAGGACGCGCUGUGGGUCAACCAUUUCCGCGGUCGAGACAUGCUGGAGGUUGCUGAGCUCAUCAGCGGCUGCCUGCGCAACGCCACCGAUGCUGGGAACCUGCGCAUGCCAACACUAAAGGAGGUGAGUGACAUGGAGAAGGAGGUUGCCAGAGGGCCAAUGUGA